AGCACGCUCAAACUUACAGGCUUGUCAUCGUGCAAGCUCGUCGUCAUACUCAUUUGACACAUUAAUAAUUAUAAAUUUUAUUUCAAUUACAAACGAAUAUACAACAGAUAUCAAAAUAAUUAUUUGAUUUAAAAAAGAAGUGUUUUUUGAUUAUCAAAUUUAUUUUCAAAGUUCAAAGUAAUCGACGAAUGUAAUGGAGUGAAAACAACAAAUCCCAACAUUGAACAAAAAUUUUUCUAAAAUUAGUAAGCCCUCUAUGAUCCGGAUAAUUAACUUGGAAAGAACAAAGAUGAUUGCGUGCUUAUGUAUCAUCUUCACCCUCGUAAACGUUGCCUUUAGUCAACCGAAUUUUUACACUCAUGGUCGAUAUGGUAAACGGGAAGAGACCCCACCAACAGCCGGUGAAGUAAACUUCAACUUUGGAAGCAGAUACGGACGAGGCGAAAAUAUUGAACCAAAAGCAACAAACGAUAAAUCCAAUGAACUAAUGGCACGAGUUGAUCGUUUUUACCUUGGAAGUCGGUAUGGAAAACGAGAAAGGAACAAUAACAAUUUAUUUGGUAGCAGUAAUGGAGAAAAUUUCAUCGAUUUAAAUAAUAUUCAAGAUGUUUUGAGAUAUUUUUAUCGCUUGCAACGGCGUACCAAACAGUUACCUAAAGAUAAUGUUGACUAUAUUGACGGUGAAAAUUUCAAAAGCAAAAAUGAUCAAUACAUUUUCCAUAAAGACAAUUUUAUCAAGUGGAAACCAUCAGUUCCUAAGAUUGAUUCUGCUAUCCCAAUGAGCUCCUGUGAACAAUGAAGAUGUAGUAAUAACGUAAUCGCAACUAUAGUGUACUUAUAUUUUAAAUAAAACACAAAAUACCAUAAACCAUUCAAUCAUAGCACAAACAAAACAUAAUAAUAAAAUAAAAAAUAAACAAACAAUGACUAUAAUU